AAACCCACAGGGGAAGGAAAAGAAAGAAAAGUAGAAAACUACACUCUUGAGGUCCAUUCUAAAUCUUAUUAAUAUAUUUUUUUUGGUGUAGAUGAAGAUCAAGAGAAGGUGUUGUUGUGAGUUGUGUUGUUUUGUGUUGUUAUGGUGCCUUCCUUCAACCACAUACCCUCUCUCCCUCUACCACCCAUUUUCAUCUUUCUCUCUCUUCUUCCUCAUCUUUCUUUCUCUCAUCUUCUCAAUCUCAUCACCACCAUCAUAAUCUUCUCCAACCUUCAAUCCCUCAAAACAUCACCCUUUAGGCAUUAACCCAAAGGACCCUUUUGUCACAAACAUUUCACCCUCCAAAGAAAGGUCAAAGGCUGCAACUUUUCUCUAUCAAUCUCGCAUUUUUCAUCGUUUAUAGCCCGGUUUUGGUUUCUGGGUUGUCUUGGAAUUCCAAAAGAUUCGAACUUUGAACAUGGGUGGUGGUGGCGCCGCUGGGGAAUCCGGUUCAAGGCCGGUUUUUUUCAAAGAACAGAAAUACCGCGGCGUCCGGAAGAGACCGUGGGGCCGGUUCGCCGCCGAAAUCAGAGACCCUUUGAAGAAAGCCAGGGUUUGGCUCGGAACCUUCGACUCCGCCGAGGAUGCGGCGCGUGCGUACGACGCGGCGGCGAGAACCCUCCGGGGACCCAAGGCGAAAACCAACUUUCCCCUCCCUCCGCCGUUCUACCACCCCGAUCCGUUCACUGACCACCGGUAUUUCGCCGGCCCCGGGGAGCCCUUUCACGAUCACCGGCAGCCCACCUCCAGCGGCAUGAGCAGUACCGUCGAGUCAUUCAGCGGCCCGCGCGCCGCCGCCGCCACUGCGAAUCCCGUGACCGUCGCUCGGAGGUACCCCCGAACGCCGCCGGUAGUCCCCGAGGACUGCCGCAGCGACUGCGACUCUUCGUCCUCCGUCGUGGAAGACGGCGACGGCGACAACGCUGCAUCGUCGUUUCGGAGAGAACCGUUGCCGUUUGAUCUUAACGUGUUGCCGUUGGAGGAUUCCGACGUGGGAAACGGUGUGGAUAAUGAUAUGUUCUGCACCGUUCUUUGUCUCUGAUGAUGAUGAUGUAUUGGUUCGUCGAAGGAAUUAUUAAUUUUUUUUCUUCUCUUUAUUGAUUUUUUUUAUCUUUCUCUUUUUCCCCUCUCUUUUUUACUAUGCGGAGAAAAAUGAAAAAGAAAAAGAAAAUUAUGAUUGAUGAUCAGUUAUGAAGAUUAUGGUAAUAUGAUCUUAAUUUCUGUGAGAGUAAAUAUUCAAGAUAUUGUUUUUUUUUUCAAA